AUUCAGGUCCUUUGGUUUUGAAUAUAACCUUAUCUAGAGUACAAAAAUUCAAAGAAAAUUACUAAACAACAAUUUUCACCAGUAAUAAUUCCAGUGGGAUUAUCUUCCAGUUUUUAACCUUUUCAUUUUUAGUAGUGAAAGCUUAGUAACUUGUUCUAAAUGUCCGAGCAUGCGGAAUUAGCAUAACAACAUUAUAAUGCAAUAAAAUUAUCAUGGUCUGUUGAGCAUAACGGUUAGAAAACAGAAUUUACAUUUGUAGCCAUGGAAGUGUAAACGGAAGUUUUGAAUAUUGGAGACUCAAAAAACGUGACAUCAGCCACGGACUUCACCGUCGGUUUUGUUUUCCGAAUCUAUAAAAAGGGUUACUUCUCUUAAAUCAUCUUCAAUUUUAGCGAUGUUUUGAAAGGAAGAUUAACUCGAAUUGGCGAUUUUUGUGGCAUGAGGCUUAACAAGAUAUUUCUAAACACACCGAACGUUUAGCAAUAUAAUAAUAAUAAAUGAUUUUGUUGCCUUCAAGGUGACCACUGACACUUUCUAACUUACUUGCCAAGUUAUAUAUUCAAGGUUUAUAAACGUCCUCUAGUGAAUAAAAAUUUGGUUUUGUGCAUCAGGAACCGCUAAAUUGUGAGGUGUGCUUCUAUUAACAAUUCACUAACUUUAUAAAUUAAGUCUACAUGAAAAAAUAGAACCGCGUUAAGUAUUUGAAUUAAUUUAUUUUAAAAGGUAACAAAAACUUCCGAGACAACGCGCUGAGUGAUAUUGUUGUUGAUCACCUCGGGUGACAUAAAAUGAGGGUGAUUUUUGAGCCAAUGGUCGGAAGAAUUUUAAAAAAUCACUUUUUGUGAUAAAAUAAAAAUACGUAUACGUAAACGUCUGCAAUUUCAUGACACUUAAGUCAAAUUUUGUUAAUAAAUCAAAGCAGACCACAAAAGAUAACCUUUUAAAAUAAGAACUAAAAAAAUAUGCCAUUUAAUAGUAGAGUAAAAAUUCAAGUGCAUAGCAAUUUCAACUGAUAAAACUUGGUAUGGUUCACAUGAUUUAAUUUUGAACAUGUCGAUACUUUUUCAGUAUUUUCUUUUAACAACCCACGUUAAACAUAAAUAAGCCUUUGUCACACAAGUUUUGAGUUGAUUGGUUGUCACUGUAGCGAUUAAAUCAGAUAGUUCUUUCAAAACCGCGCUGAAUAAAUUACGAAAAGCGAACGCAAGUUACGACAGGUGUAGUGAAAGCUUCAAUCACAGUUCACGAUAAUCCAAAAUGUUUUACAUCUGGGCGUGAAGAACUGAGCUUCGCAGUGUUGCGCUAACGACCAACGGAAAUAACUUAAGUUUCUUCGCUGACCGCCAAAGCAGGUGUCACAGACGAAAGGAACGUUUCAAGAGAUAUUUAAAACUGAAAACGGAGAUAAGCCGUAAAAAUUUUAACUUUUCUCGCUUACUUGAGGGCAAAAUUUACUCCAGGUAGCUUUAAGAGUAUUUUCAUAACUCGUUUUAAUCAAAUCGACGAGGACUUCACCAUAAGGGCGAGCUCGUCACGGAUUGAAUACUUCAACAUUACAGCGACUAACAAGAAAGCGUUUCAAGAUGAGAGUAGGUUUAGAUUCAUCUAGUGAAGAAGAGGAGCCACUCUUUGACAUGGAGGACGUAGAACGACGAGCCUUUGAUAAAGACAGGGACUUGUCAUUAUGGAAACGAUUUCUGAUCACAGUGAAAAAACUCGGUGAAGACAGAAACAGUCUGAAGUCCACUCUGUGUUACUGUGGUGUGUUCAUGGUGUUUGGAAUGUCAGAUGAAAUUUUAGGUCCCACUUUACUGGAGCUUAAAUGUUUAACAGGAAAAUCCAUAACUAUAAUGAGCGUGUUAUUUUUUGUUCACGAUCUGUGCAACGUCUUCGGAUCAACUUCGGGUGGAUACCUAGUAGAUCGUUUUAAUCCCAAUGUACUGGUGACAAUAGCACUCGGCCUCAGUGCCAUGUGCAUCAUUGCCAUACCACUCAGUCAUAUAUUCAUCAUCAUGCUGUUUUUGGCGGGAAUAUUUGGCGGGUGUUUUGGCGCUACCGACACGUUCACAACAGUGCAGCUAAUACGCAUGUACGGCAAACAGGUAUCACCGUAUUUGCAGGCUCUUCACUUCGCGUACGGCGUUGGAGGAUUCUUGAGCCCGCUGAUAGCAAGACCUUUUCUGCGGAGUCGCUGUGUCCUGGUAGUGAACUACACAACUAUCAUCGAUGAAUGGCCCUACGCCAAUUCUACUUCUGGUAUUGAUAAUUCAACUCAUAUUUUCCACACACAGGAGGAAAUGCACCGUGAUACGCAUGUGCGGUGGGCCUAUUGGAUUGUAGCACUGCUGCACCUUCCAGUAAUAUUUGGUUUACUGUGGCUGAUGUUCACGCGCAAGUUGGCAAAAAUCACAGGAACUCUCAAGAAAUACGAAUAUGAGAUGUAUGAUGAACAGAGACUCAAUAAUCCGGGUUAUAACCAUCACAUGGUGACUUUGUACCUUAAUGGAAACCCCCCGUGGCUUAAGGUCUUCGGUGACGAUCAAAAACCGAGGGUUGUUCUUGUUACAGUUCUGACGUCAUUGAUUCUGCUUCUGUACGAUGGACUGAUGGCCACGUUUGGUGCUUAUGUGUACUCGUACGCAGUGAAAGGUGCUGUGCACAUCAAGCCGAGUCACGCAGCUUAUCUCAACUCUCUAUUUUGGGGUUCUUUGUCAGUUGGUCGAUUUGUGUCCAUUCCAGUGGCAAUGUACGUCAAACCUCCCACCAUGUUGAUGAUAAACCUGGUUGGCUGCCUUUCUUCAACUCUCUUCAUGUUGAUUUUCGAAGAGAGUGAGCCUGCAUUAUGGUUGGGAACCAGCGGUGCUGGACUAUUCAUGAGCAGCGUCUUCCCAACAAGCAUUGCGCUCGCUGAGUACUACAUUGACCUCACAGCCCCAGUGACAAGUGUAAUGAUAGUCAGCGCAGCCCUUGGUGAACUAAUCCUGCCCCUGGUAGUCGGACAGGUAUUUGAGAGACUAGGUCCUGUUAGUUUCCUGGCGAUUGCCUUCUGCGCAUGCUUCAUGGCUCUGAUGAUCUUCAUUCUUUUGCGGUCAGCGGAAAGAUCAGAGACUGACUGGCUUGGAUUUUUCUGGUUCGUCUGGUGCGGUUCGCCUCCAAGCUCUGCUAAUCAACCUACAUACCAAACCCAAACACCCGAGCCCACUCCUACUGUGAAAACUGAUGACAGUCCUCCAAUAGAGACAGUUGAACUGAACAUUCAGGGAUAACAAACAUCGGUUCUAGGCCAUUAGAACGUGUUUUAAAAUAAUUAGAUUAGCAGACUGAGUUCUUUUAGAGUGGCUUUUUAAUGAUUUUUCGAAAUUUUAUAUUUUAGUUGGGCUUCUGUGAGUUGAGGUUGUUGUGCAGUGUGCUGUAGCCAAUCACAGUAAAGAUAUCAUCAAAGCCAAUACCAAAACCAAAAGUUGUUGCGGUUUGUUUACCGAAACAUUCCCACACUUCCAAUUAUAUUUAGAUAGAGAUGCUGUCGUUUUGGUGAUCUGAUACGAAACUCAAAACAAUUGUGAUUUGGUUAUCUAAGCUAAGGUUUUCCGCGCUUAACUCUGUCACAUUUUUUCCCGCGCUUACCACACCGGCGGUUUAUUUCCCGCGUACCACCAGUCACCAUCCUGCCCUUACCCGCAAUGGUUGCAUUUUUCCCGCGCUCGCAAUCCACUUUAAUUUUCGCGCGCUUGCCACUAUUGCAGUACGUGUUCGCCUUUGGUUGACCUGAGAAUCCAAGAAAUCAUUUCAGAAUUUUAAAGGCACGUUAGUUGGUUACAGAAAGCUGGUACGAGACAAACAUUUUAUGAGGAAUAUCUCAAUUUUAAAAAGUCAAGACAUUGGUUUUUAAAAUACGCAUGCUAUUGAAUAACUGACAACCAGUGGUGUAAAUAUUGACCGAAGUAUAUUUAAGGGGACAUGGGAACCAAUUGAAGUUAAGUAUGAUUCUAUUACACACCUAGCUAGAUAUUGUUAGCAAAUAUUUGUUAACGAGCUGGUCAGUAAAAGGACACAAAAUAAAUAAUGCUGGC